ACAUCACGCUGGAAAGCCGCCAGGGAGUUACAAAAGCGCUGCUAUUUACUCGUUACAUAUCGUCCGUAGAGCUCGCCAUAUACUCCUUCUCCAGCCUCUCCUCCAAGAAGUCAUGGCUCUCUCUGGAAGAUUUGGUGUUCAGAGGCUGUGUGGAAUCCUUUCUAGGAGCGAAACAAGAGCUGCACUGGUGGGCCGUUAUUACAGCAGUGGCGAUGGGGAGCUUCAUGAGCCAACUCACAUCCAGGAGCCAACAAUUCCACCAUAUGAGGAGAAGGUUGGAGAACCCAUCCACCUCAAGAAAGCUAGGCUCCAGUACCAGUCGAGGAAACGGGGAAUGCUUGAAAAUGGUUUACUACUGAGUACUUUUGCCCAUCGUUACUUACAGACUAUGAAUGAAGAACAGUUGUCCAUGUAUGAUCGCCUGAUUAACCUGCCUUCCAAUGACUGGGAAAUAUAUUACUGGGCAACCGGUGUACGGGAAACGCCACAAGAAUUUGACAAUGAAAUAAUGAGACUGUUGAAGGACUUUGUCAAGAAUACAGAUAGAGAGAACAGGACAUUACAGCCAAAUCUUCACUGAGAAGUUACAGUUGAAACUCAUUUGUAAUAUAUUGAUUGGACUUGUAUUGAAUGUACUCAGAUUAUAUUUAUUUUAUCCUAUUCUGAUGUGUAUCAUAUUUUUUAAAAAUAUUUUGUAAAAAUGUUAAUCUUUGGUUGUUGCUGUAGUUUUUCACAUGAGGUGUAAUGUGUGAUAGAGUGAAUGAUGGACUGGUACAAGUUUUGUGUAUUAUUGUAAAUAGGUACCUUACUUAAAGAAUUUAUUACACAUUGUAUGGGGACAGUCAAGGAUUCUAUUCCAAAAAAUAAAAAAAAGAUUAAAACACA